AUGACCCAAACGUAUGUUCAAGAAUUUUGGGAAACAUACUCAGAAAAGCCAAAACUGAGCUUUACCUUGCAAGGAACUUAUUCACACGAUGAUCUGAACAAACUGGACAUGAUCGACGAUGAGCUCCUGGAGUACUUAAUCUGGUUGAACUCGCCAAAGAUGAGAAAUGAGACUAUGAUUGUGAUUAUGGCUGAUCAUGGACCUCGAGGACACGCAUUGACCAUGACUCGCCAAGGUACCAUAGAACUUCGCCGACCUAUGAUGAAUAUCAUGAUGCCUCCUUGGUUCAAAACUAAAUUUCCAAAGGCCUGGGAAAAUCUGUUGGUCAAUUCAAAACGGCUUGUGACUACCCUGGAUCUUCACUACACUAUCAAAAGUCUUCUUAGCUUGCAGAUCAUGGACCUUGAUACAGUUCCGGUCCUACAAAACCUACCACCCGGCCUGACGAUGUUCGCCCCAAUGCCUAAAGGUAGAACCUGCGCCAUGGCUCAGGUUCAAAGCCAUUAUUGUGCCUGCAAAAACGUGAAGGAAGUCAGUACAGCUCCCGGUAGCAAACACAGCGACAUCUUGCAUAAACUAGCGAAAGACGUGAUAGUCGAGUUGAAUAAGCGUGUUCAGUCGUGGCUCUUGUGGUGCGUUAAGGAGAUGCCGGCCUACUCGAGAUUCGUGAAGGCCAUGGAAACGAAGGUGGACAACAAAACGGGUCUAUUGCCCAACGCAGACUCCUAUCAUCCAUUCUGCAGGGAAUGGAGUCUGGAGAAGAUCGAACGAGCCCAUCUCAUCGUGGCUAGCAAAGGAAACCAGACAAAGUUGGACGAUGACGAAUUGGAAGAAUCUGUAUCAUUACAGUACGAACUUACUAUUGUGGCUAGACCUGGACCAGGUCACUUCCUGGCGACAGUUUGGCACAACCCUGUCACCAACAAGAGCACCGUCGACGUUUACUACUUUUCGAGGAUGGAUUGGUUUUCGCCUCAUGCGAAGUGCAUUGAGAGAGUUUGUCCUUCCCUGGAAAAAUACUGCUACUGUUGAUUUUUGAGAGGGGGAAAUCCACUUGAUUAUACCGAAGAAAUUUUUUUUCAAUUGAUUCAUGAAGAAACAAACAUUUGUGUGUUUUAAAAGCUCUCGUGCGUGUUAUUUUUCAUUUUUGCGAGUCAUUUGAUCGCGUUAUAUCGAUAUUCAUUAUUUAAUGCAUUUUGAAUGAGUCUGAUUGAAUUCAGUAAAAUGGGCGAAAAUGUGCAACUGAGUGAUGUUUUCAUAACUUGUUCAUUUUUUUAGAAUCCAUGAAUUGAACUUUUAUCGCAAAAUUUCAACACAUAAAUACACAAGAAAUUGAAGUGACCCAACCCGUCAACUGAGUCGCAAAAACAAGAUAGAAUAAUGUCGGUAAUAAUCAAUUGAAAGUUUUAAUCGGGAAUUAUUUGAUAGAAUUUUAAAACAAUAUUUUUGAACCGUUAGAGUUUUUUUCUUGAUUUACAAAUUUUACUAGCUUUGUAU